AUGUCCAGCCUUUCUUUGUUCAAGGAUGUGCCCUUUGCCGAGAAGCUAGAAGGCAGCUUGCUAAAGGCUUAUAAACAAGAUGACUACCCUAAAAAACUGUUCCUGGCCUACAGAGUCUGUAUGACCGAUGACGGCCACCCCUGGGUCUCUCUCGUGGUGCAAAAAAUCCGUCUGCAGAUCGCACAGGAUCCCUCUCUGAACUAUGAAUACUUGCCCAUGAUGGGCAUGAAAUCAUUCAUCCAGGCCUCCUUGGAACUUCUCUUUGGAAAGCACAGCCAAGCCAUUGUGGAGAACAGGGUAGGGGGCGUGCACACUGUUGGUGACAGCGGGGCCUUCCAGCUUGGGGCCCAGUUCCUCAGGAUUUGGCGUGGAGAUGCUCAAACAGUUUGUAUCAUCUCAGCUCAAAAAGAACUGUAUGGACCCGUCUUCCAGGCCAUAGGCUUCACGGUUUAUGAAUACUGCAUCUGGAACCCCAAGAAGCUGUUUACAGACCCGGACAUAUUCCUCGAAGUGGUUGAGCAUAUCCCAGUGGGCUGCGUCCUUGUAAUUGGGAACAUUGUCGACUGCAGGUUGACACAAAGUCAGUGGAUAAAGUUGAUGUCCAUCAUUAAGAGCAAGCAGAUAUUCCUAUUUUUUGACAUUCCCUGUCAAGGCUUAUCCACUGGUGACCUGGAAGAAGAUUCUAGAAUCUUAAAACACUUUGUGUCUGUAGGCUUUGAGUUCUUCUGCAGCCAGUCUCUGUCCAAGAAUUUUGGCAUUUAUGAUGAAGGAGUGGGGGUGCUCGUCGUGGCAGCGCUGAGCAACAGACACUUGCUGUGCGUCCUCUCGCAGCUGAUGAACUACGCCCAGGCACUGUGGCUGAACCCUCCUGCCACAGGCGCGCGCAUCAUCACCUCCAUCCUCUGCAACCACGCUCUGCUGGUAGAAUGGAAGAAAAGUCUGGAAGGGAUUGUAGAAAACAUCAUGCUGAUCAAGGAGAAAGUGAAGGAGAAGCUCCGACUCCUGGGGACUCCUGGUUCCUGGGAUCACAUCACUGAACAGAGUGGGUCCCAUGGCUAUCUGGGACUCAAUUAUCAACAGGUGGAAUAUCUAGUCAAGAAGAAGCAUAUCUACAUCCCCAAGAACAGUCGGAUUAACUUCACCUGCAUCAACACCAGCAACAUCAGUUACAUCACCCAGAGUAUCCAUGAGGCAGUGAUCUUCACAAGAGACUCACAGGCAUCUUAA